AUGUCUGGUUCUAUUCGAGUCUUCACCACCUUCCCAAAAGAGAUGUUUCGUGUAAAUAACGGGACCUCUAUCCGCCUUCGCGGAUACCCAGGGCCCUUGAGGCCUGCACGGAGUUUCGAUCUCCUAACAAUCGCAGGCAAAGUACUACCUAAGGCGCUUGAUCCGAAAACAUACGCAGCUCCAAAUGGCGCCUCAAUGCGUCCGAAUACCCCGAGGCAACAGGAGCUUGUUCAGAACUUCAGCGGCACAUCUAUCUGUAUCUAUGUUGUUCCUGCAGGUACCCAGCUGCCAAGCAACCUGAUUCUUGUUCACGAGCACGCGGACCAUUACGCCAUCCAGCCAAAUCAAGAGAUGACAGUUGAUGCUUAA